AUGAACUCGCUGAAUAUCCUUUCCUCGCGAGUCAUCGGCCAGUCUUCCAGCUCACCGCGUCCGCGAUCACAAUCCCAGGGCGAGAAAAGGCGCGAGACCUUGCCCACCGACUUCGCAAAGCAUCGAUCUUAUAGCACCGACAACUUCCGGUCCACUGUUGCUUUAGACAAGAGUUACGACGGUGUCGCAUCAGCCAAUGACCGAGAUGAUGACGACGAUAAUCACCACUCAUAUGACGAGAAAUCGACUUUACUCCACGGAAUUCAAAAGGAUGGAACUCUGGUAACUAAAAGUACCUGGCGACUUUUCACCCACCGAAUCUUCGACGCGAUCACGGAAACGAUACACUUCAUUCUAUCUACGCUAGCGGCACCAGGCAUCUAUUUAGCCCAAUGCUUCCAAAACGAUGACGGGCACUAUUCGCUCUUAGCUCCAGUGAGGAAAAUUUGGCGCCACCCUUCUGCCGACCCCAGGAUCCGGUCGGAUAAAGGGGCCUCUCCUCCUCGGGUAGAAGGUCGGCGGCGCAGUGGCUCCACCCGCAAGGUGAAACCGCAAACAUCACGAGAUUCCAUCAUAUCGACAACCUCGGAAUCGGAUACAGAAAAACGGAGUAUCAAAGGCCUUACAAGCGCGAAACCUCGACAUAGCAGAACCUCGAGCAGGACACCGAGCGUUGACAUCGAACCUUUCCCCGAGACCAACCCAGAUGAUAAUACCCCGCGUCGAUCGAUACGUAUCAAGCUACAUAACGAGGAGGUUUCUAAACGACAGAGGCAGCGCCGGACUCAGAGUACCGACCUUGGCCAUCCAAUGCCCGAGGGUGUGACCCGCGUCCAGGGCGCCGAUAGCUUGAAAUCUCCCACCUCUUCCUCCACGCUGGUACUGGACCUCGACGAGACGCUCAUCCAUUCGCUUGCCAAGGGCGGCCGUAUGUCAAGUGGCCAUAUGGUCGAGGUCAAGCUCUCCAUGCCCAUGACCACCGCCUUGACACCGGGUGGGCCACAGGCCACUCUGGGUCCUCAACAUCCCAUCUUGUACUAUGUCCAUAAGCGGCCGCAUUGUGACGAGUUCUUGCGCAAGGUUUCCAAGUGGUACAAACUGGUAAUCUUCACUGCCAGUGUCCAGGAGUAUGCCGACCCCGUGAUCGACUGGCUCGAGCAGGAGCGCAAGUACUUCCAGGGCCGCUAUUACCGACAGCACUGUACGUUCCGCCAGGGUGCGUAUAUCAAAGAUCUCAGCUCUGUGGAACCCGACUUGAGCAAGGUCAUGAUCUUGGACAACAGCCCGUUGAGCUACAUUUUCCACGAGGACAAUGCUGUCCCGAUUGAGGGCUGGAUCAACGACCCAACGGAUAACGAUCUGCUGCACUUGGUUCCUAUGUUCGAGGCACUGCAAUAUGUCACCGACGUCCGGGCAUUGCUAGCGUUGCGCCGCGGCGAAGCCAAAGCAUGA